UUAAAGUCAAAUUAAUCAAUCAAGUUAUAUCACCAAACAAAUACAAAUACAAGUAACCAUCCCGCUCGGUGAGAAUUGGAUUUGGAAUUUCCAGAAAAAAUUGAACUGCUAAUCCAAAUCAAAUCUGAAAUGAUGAGUAAGUUAAUUUGGUUUUUGGUGUUCCUGUUGGUGGUGCUAAUCUCCCAAACGGAUAAAGUUGAAAGCUCGUACGCUGGUUCAGCUAGUGCCAUCAUCAACCCUUCCAAAGUCAAACAGAUUUCAUGGAAUCCAAGAGCUUUUGUUUACCAAGGUUUUCUCACUGACUUGGAAUGCGAUCACUUGAUUUCUUUAGCAAAAUCAGAGCUGAAGAGAUCUGCUGUUGCCGAUAAUCUUUCCGGAGAUGCACAGUUAAGCGAUGCCAGAACAAGCUCUGGCAUGUUCAUUUCCAAAAACAAGGAUCCUAUUGUUUCUGGUAUUGAGGACAAGAUUUCAGCCUGGACCUUUCUUCCUAAAGAAAAUGGGGAAGACAUACAAGUAUUGAGAUAUGAGCAUGGACAGAAAUACGACGCACAUCAUGAUUACUUUACUGAUAAAGUUAAUAUAAUUCAGGGUGGACAUCGCUACGCAACUGUUCUUAUGUAUCUCACUAAUGUGACCAAAGGCGGUGAAACCGUCUUCCCAAAUGCAGAGAAACCAACACGUCACAGAGGUUCUGAAAAAAGUAGUGAUCUCUCUGAGUGUGCCAAAGAAGGGAUAGCAGUGAAACCACGUAGAGGGGAUGCACUUCUUUUCUUCAGUCUUGACACACAUGCUACCCCAGACGCUAAUAGUCUCCAUGGCGGAUGCCCAGUAAUUGAAGGAGAGAAAUGGUCAGCGACAAAAUGGAUUCAUGUAGACUCAUUUGAUAAGAAGGUAGGCGAUGGAGGCGGCUGCUCCGAUCAGCAUGAUAGCUGUGAGAGAUGGGCUACCCUUGGAGAAUGCACCAACAAUCCUGUGUAUAUGGUUGGAUCUUCAGACCUUCCUGGAUACUGUAUGAAGAGCUGUAACGCAUGCUAGAACUUUUAAGGAAUGAAUGCUUUAAGGAUUCUACACGGUACUUCAGACACUACGAUUCACGUUUCAACUUUACUACUAUUUUUCAAUUUGUUUUGGCACAUCUGUUUGAGCUUAUAUAACAGAAUGAUUGCAAUGUUGUGUUGUAUUAAAAAAUAAUUUAUUUUGUAAAAAUAUUUUACAUAAAAUAGAAGUUUUGUUCUUCAGAUAA